AUGCCUCUUCCGUCGUCCCAUUCGGCACCGUAUCAGGCCGUGUCCCCUGCUGUAUCUCCACCCCCGCUCCUGCCUUCCAAGAGUGCAGCGUCUGGAUCUUCGACUCCCACGGCGCCUUCUGCCAUGAGCCCCCGAGACUCGUUACAUCCCCAAGACAAGUCAUCUCCCCCUCCAUCUCAGCCUACGACUCAGGUUAACACCGCGGCAUCUCAACCACCCCAAGUGCCCGUAUCUGCACCACCACCACCGCCCAAAAAGCCCACGGAAAUCUACCGCCCGGCGCAUCACCCUCUUCACCCUCCCCUCAACACCGUACAAACACUCUCCCUCGAGCCACGGGCCGAGUUAUUCUGCUUACGGACCUACCCCCGGGAAACGAGCACGAGCACUCAAGAGUCGAAGAAUGCGAGCGGCCAAUUGCAAGAGCCCAAAGCGGGUGGAGUCAACGCGUACGAGUCUAGUGUGAGCUCGAUCCGGAAGGUUUCUCAGCUCCCUGCUGUUCAGCCGUCGGACCCACGUACGACUCAAGUAUCGGACGUCCGCAAGGGUCAGGUCUCGGAUGUUCGUGAUCGACGGGCGAGCCAGUUUCCCGACCCUCGUCCGAGCUAUUCAUCCGAGGCGAGACCAAGCUAUCGUCUGACGCCCGGACGAGUCAACAUACCGAGGGGCGGGCGAGUCCGAUUAAACCUAGCGUUGGGAACCAACUCACUACGAGCCCGGUCGGAGUCAGCGACUCGACAUGGGCUCGUUCUAUCGUUGCUGACGCCGGGUCUGGACGCGCCACGCCUGUGUCUCCCCAAGGCGCUGGAUUAUCUGUUCCGGGACCCGAUGCAAGGAGUUCUGUAUAUUCGGGAGCGAGCAGCGUCAGUGUUGUUCCCCAAGCACACCCCUGCCACCUCCAAGUCCGUCCAAGUCCAAAUCGGCCGCUUCCAAGACUGCUCCACCAAACCGCGAGCUGCCUCAACCACCAACAACACAACGACAAUGAAUCGCCCAGGCCCGUCUCCCCAUCCGCCCAGUUCCCUCCGCGAAAAUCUCAAUCGAUCCCCCACGCGCGCCAUCGUCCAUGUCCGUAUCGUCCUACGGCACAGCCAUGCCUCUCGAGUCGGAUCCCGGAUUCGAGGUCCCGCCCGCCCCUACCAAACUCGCGAUCGGGGGACUCGCACGAUCAACACUUCGGCCCCUCGUUCGCAGUCGCCACGCCUACAUCUACGAGCGUGUCGGCUGCCCGACGAGCGCGAUGGUCACCGCUCGGAUGACGCCUACCACGACCGCUGCGUUGUCGCCCAUGACCAUUCCUCGAUUCCGUCCUCGACUCCUCAGAGGGGGCUUUUACCCCCUCGGGCUGUCUCUCCUACUUUUACCGGCCAACGUGCGCCGUCUCCGACUGGGGCCAAUCGGCGUGCGGUGUCCCCCACCCCGAGCAAUCGACGUGCGGUUUCUCCCGCUCCGGGCAAUCGACGUGCAGUGUCUCCGGCCCCAGCGGACCGACGUGCGGUGUCUCCAGCUCCGACGACCCGGUCCGAGAGCGACGAAUCGGUCCACGCCAAGAAACGCAAUUUGCUCGUCAAGACGCGCAAGAUUGAUGGUGCGAGCAGCUUUAGGAGCAGCGACGAGCGAGCGUCGAGCGAACGGCCAGUAUCGGUCGUCGCGCAGCCCGAGUCCUGGGCCUGGAUUAGGACUGAGGGGGGGAACGAUCCGUUUGCGAGAGCACCGCCGACGAUUGUCAAGACUCCCAAGCGAACUGACCAACCCUCGAAACGAACCAUGCCGCUCUCUCCUCCCCUGUCGUCCGACGACCAUGAUACUCGUGUCCCUAACGGCCUGGACGUUCACGGACACGAUAGACCCCCUAUGACGCCGGCUCUCACCGACGAGGCGCCCGCCGGGGACGAGAUGAACCAAGCCGAGCCCGAUACGACGACCCCGCCCGGGUCUCCUCCACCACCCAAGAUCUACCCGCUCGAAACCCACUUGAACAUGCCUUCGUUGAUCGCAGCGCUCUUGCCCCACCUGUCGUUCCGCGACUGGAACGCCCUGAACGCCUUGAACGCGGGGAUUCGUCGACAGCUCGAAGAUACCCGUGCGUUGCGCGAAGAAGUCCUCGAGUACUGGUUGCGCGGAGUCGGGUACGCUCGGUGGAAGUCUCACAAGCGCGAGCCGGUCGGGCUUACCCUGCGUGACCUGAAUGCAUACAUGCGCGGCGUGAGUAUCGCCGUGUACAGGUACAGCGCCAUUGCCGAGAGCUUCCUCGCCGUUCGGGCCCAGCAAGAACAGACCAAGGAGCGCGUUCCUGGCGCAGCGAGCAAAGGUAACCUCGUUCGCGCCCUCGCGAGCUCGUGUCGGGCGUACACCAAGGUCAUCCUCCGGCUGCGCGAACAGGCCGAGUGCAUGCACCCGGACGGGGACUUUAGGAGUCCGCUGUUUAAAUCGGGUGGUGCGCCGCUCUUGAGGGUGUUUGUACCCAGCAAAGAAGGGGCGUGGUUGAGCGAUGCGAGCGUCUUGGACUGUGAAAAGGAGCUCAAGCGGGCUGGGGCGUUGGGCGUCUUGAGGAUUGGGGAUGUUAUUUGGGAUGCGGCGGUUGGAGAGGGGAAUGCAGGGCGCAUGGUUUGGGGGAUGGAAAUUACUUGGUGGUAUGACUUGGACUACACAUACUCGACUACGGGGGAACUUCCCAAGUACAUCCAUUCGUUGGCGUUUUCGCCUUCGUAUUGGCACAAGAUCAUUCGCACGUCGAAUAGCCCGCUGUGCCAUAUUGAUCUUACGCCGUAUGCUGCCGAGAUUGCGCGAAAUAUUCAGCUCGUUCAGGAUCGGGUUCAGACCGAGACACACACCGUCGUUCGCUGGGUUCACCGCUCACGAUUCCAAACUCGCUCUGGUCUUCCAAUCCCUUCGGCCAGUCCUCCAGCUACUGUGGACCGCAUGUGGGAUGGGUACAUCGUCGUUGAAGUCGAAGGUACGAACGAAGGCCUCGCGGACCUCCAGGCCAGGGUCGGAAAUAGCGUGCGCUUGUUCCCAGCCAAGACAGCCGGUAUGGAGUUUGGCCCGCCUACCGGCAAGAGUCCGUUUAGGCUCUUGCGUUCUUCCAGUCGACCGGGAGAAAUUUGGAUCAGGGCAAAACUAAGCGUUGCAAGCAAUCGGCUUCGAGAUGCGCUAGAUGAAUACCUCGCUGUAUGUGGUGGAAUCGAACGCGCAGUUGAAGAGGAUCCCACGGGCGCACUUAUAGAUCCUACAGACUACAUAUCCUGCGAGUUGGAUAUGGUCAACUCGUACGCGGAGACGAUUGAUAAAGCCAAAGCCAAGAUCAAACGAGUUCGCAACUGGUCGUCCGCUAUUGCGAUCAACAGAUUACCGAUUGAAAUCCUCAUGCAGAUAUUCGAAUGGGGUCCGUUCAGAGCACUGCGCCAACUCUUACCGUCAAUCUCAUUCGCCAAUCGAGCUCUACCCAAGCAGCCAGAGUUACUAUCACAUGUUUGCUCGCGUUGGCGAAAUAUCCUGCUCUCUUCACCGCAGUUCUGGACGCAUAUUGACUUUAACUUUUGGGCGGCUGAUUACCAGCGUCUUUAUGAUCGUGCGGAACGGCACCUCGCUCGGGCUGGGGAGCAUCCUGUUCGCGUGCACCACAUCUUCUCGAUUAGCAGAGGCAUCGAAGUCAUUCCGCGGCCCAUAAACCCCUUUAUAGCUGCCGCAUCUCAAGCAUAUGCGAUCGAGGCAGAAAUACAGGUCGACCUCGAAUUCGCGCCCGGGCAAUUGUAUGAUUCGCUCCUUCAUGCUUGUUUUCAUGGCUGUGUACCAGGAAAGCUCAAUGAGGUUUUCGUGUCACUUCGACCAACCGGCUCCCGUACCUUUGCCUAUAUUGACGAACACCACAUUUUCAAUCCCACUUCCAAUGAAGAGAACAUCUUUAGCUCGGUCACCUCUCUUUGGAUGGACGGACUUUAUCUUCCUUGGACAAGCUCAGCGUACCGCGGCCUUGUUAAACUUGUUUUGCUACGUUUCAGCACCAUUUCGAUUCCCGAGUCGGAGCUUAUGACUAUUCUUUCUGGAUGCCCAGGGUUACAGAAACUCCACCUUGAUAUUAACAUCAUCGAAGAUGAACCUUUGUCCAAUUCGCAUGGAGCGACAUCAGUCUAUCUCUAUGAUUUGCAUGACCUCCUUGUCACAGAAACAGUGGCAAACACUAAGUCCUCUUUUCCCAAAACAACUUGCGAUGGACCAACGGCAGACCACCCCGGCCCUGUUUACUUUGUAAAUGACACGGAACAGGACGAUACGUUUAGCGAUAUCGAUUCGAGCUCUGCUUCAGAGCUCACUGACGAGACCAUGAGUACCCUGGCGUCAGAGGAAGCCGUUGAAUACUUCCAGGAGCUUAACGGGCGAAUGUUUCCAAAAGAUGAAAACCUGCCGAUUGCAAUACCCACCGACGCUAACGAAGUCAAGCGACUCAUGUUACAUAUACAACUCAAGAUCUUCCUGGGUGGUAACUAUGUUGGUCCAGUGGACCAAAUCCUCUCGCCGGCAAUUGAUGGGAGAGAAAAGAAGGUACUUGAUCUGAUUACUGCUGAGGGAUCGUGGGUCAAGGAGAUGGCUAACGAAUUCCCGCACGUCUCCUUUACGAGUGUGGACAAUACGCCGCUCAUUCCCCACUCCACAACCGAAUGUUAA